ACGUAGGUGGGAGCGCGUGCUGCUGGGAGUUGUUUGGAAGUUGGCGGCGCGGGGCUGACGGUCCUCAGGCCGAGCCAUCAUGUCGCACAAACAGAUUUACUAUUCGGACAAAUACGACGACGAGGAGUUCGAGUACCGGCACGUCAUGUUGCCCAAGGACAUAGCCAAGCUGGUGCCUAAAACCCACUUGAUGUCUGAGUCUGAGUGGCGGAAUCUGGGCGUUCAGCAGAGUCAGGGAUGGGUCCAUUAUAUGAUCCACGAACCAGAACCUCACAUCUUGCUGUUCCGGCGGCCCCUGCCCAAGCAGCCGAAGAAAUGAAGCUGGCGGCCCCUCAGCCUCGGCUUCACACAGCCGUCCUCACGCGCUAACGACAUCUUUCUCAUAACCGGAUUGCGUUGCCUUCUUGUUUCUCACUUUGACACUGAAAGGAUGCUCAGGCUGUUUGAACGUGCCAGUGACUGGUUCGCCUGAGCCCACAGCACCCUGGACCACACAGCGGAGUGCUGUCGGGCCACGGCCUCGGCCGAGUGUGACCCCGGAAGCCACGCGGGCUCUGUAUCCAGCAGGACCCGCUGGGUGGAUGGAGGAAGCCCCUCCUCUAACGAGGCCAUGGCCGCUACAGGGACCGUGUACACUUGCUGUUUUGUUUCGUCCUGCCGGGUAUUGUGUGUACGGUGCUUCAUGUUUCGUUGUAUUGGAAACUUUCCAUUUUAUUCAAGAAAUCUUUUCGUGUUAAAAAGCCUUGAUUAAAGAGGAAGUUUCAUGAUCUGA